UGUUCAAUAUGGCUGAAUCUGGUUGAGGAAGCAGUGGAAAUAUUUCUUUAAAUGUAUUUCAUUACCUAAUUUAAGCUAAGACAUGAUAUUCUAAACGUUCUAAUGAUAGUAUAAUAAUGGAAGGUGCAAUAGAACUUGCGGAUGUUGUUGCUGAUACGGAAAUAAGUGGUGAAAAUGACAAUCAAAGGGGCACUCUUGGAAAGUCGGCCCCCAAACUUUCUGUUCCACUUCAGUCUUGCAUUAAAUCUGAGAUUGGGGGUGUUUCUGGUGGAAGGGGGGAGAGCCCCUCCAGAAUAAACAAAGCAUCAAGACGUGUGUACUUUCCAGAUGGUGGCAACUUCGUGACCAAAGCCUUCGAGCCUCCAAAUCCUUGGGAUAAAGCCAAAAGCUUUACAACGUCUGAGCUUGUCAAUGACUAUCAGCGGUCCUGUGAAAAGGUCAACGUCAGACCUUUGCCAAAGUUACUUAAUCAGCUUCAGGCUAUACUAGACUUCGGUGAACGAUUCGAGACUCUCACAUUAAAAGGCGAGCGUUUAGACGUCCGCCACUGUGAGACACUAGAAGAGGUGUUACGGAGGGUUCAGUUCAAGACCGUCGAUCUUGAGGCAACGCACCUUGAUGAUGAGGGUGCUGGUGCCUUGUUUGAUAUGAUUGAAUAUUAUGAAUCGGCCACAAAACUUAACAUUGCGUAUAACCGGAGCAUAGGACCCCGAGGAUGGCAGGCCUGCUCACGAAUGUUGAAAAAGACUCCCUGUCUGGAGAACCUUGAUGCCAGGAACUGUCUCUUCACCGAGCAGAGCAUGCCGUUUCUAGGUCGAGCACUUCGCCUUGGCUCAAACUUGACAACAUUGCACCUCGAGAGCUGUAGUUUGUCAGGCCGCCCUCUUUUAAUACUUGUUGGUGCAUUGAAGUUGAAUGAGACACUGAAGGAGCUCUUUCUGGCUGACAACAGACUCAUGCCUUCUGAUGGCAUUCAACUGGGGAACUUGCUCAAAUUUAAUCACCGACUUCAGCUUCUUGACCUCAGGAACAAUCACCUACAGGAUGUUGGUGCCACGCACAUUAGCGACGGUCUCUACGAACAGAACCUCGGGACUGGUUUGACGACGCUAGUGUUAUGGAACAACCAGAUCACGUACCAGUCUAUGACUUCACUGGCUAGAGCUCUUUAUGCCACACAGAGUUUGGAAACCCUUAACUUAGGCCACAAUAGCAUAACAAAUGAAGGUAUCCUUGCUCUCAAAGAUGGCUUGUUGAAGAACAAAUCACUACUCCGACUCGGAAUCCAGGCUUCGAAGUUAUCUUGUGAAGGUGCCAUUGCCCUUGCUGAAUACAUAGCAGACAACAAGAAGUUACUGCGUGUUGACCUGCGGGAGAAUGAUAUAAAGACGGCUGGCCUGAUGGCACUGUCGCUCUCCCUCAAGGUCAAUAUGUAUGUCAGUCGCGUUGACAUUGAUAAGGAUCCCAAGAAGGAAAGUGGUGUCAAAGACUACGUUGACCAACAAAAGCGUCUCCAUCAAGAUAUACAAGGGUGGUUAGUUAGAAACAAGGAGCUGAGCCAAGAGAGGGAGAAACGAGCUGAGUGGGAGAAGCUGAAUCCAGAGAAGGUGAAACCGGUUGAGCCGGAGAAAGUUCCAGAGGAGGAGACGGUGAACACGUCGAGGCCAAAUCUUGCAUUGCCAAUACCAGAACCGGAUAAUCGACAAAUGACAUUGGAAUCGCCAAUGUAUGCGCCCGGUAGCGAUCUAGCAUCUAGUCCUGUGAAUAUACCCAAUUCAAAUGCGGCAUCUCGCCUCAGCUUUCUGAAUGCGGAUUUAGAAAAAUUAAGUCCACGAACUCGUGCGAAAAAGUUGUUCACUGUUAAAAAAGUUGAUGAGUCGCCUAAUAGUGCUAGUCCGACAAAUUUUGAUGGCCCAUUGUUUGGAUUAACUAUUGAAGACACGGAUGGUAAGGUGACUUACGCCAGCGAGCAGGAGUAUGUGGAAUCUGUCAUGCACGCGGCAGUAGACGACUUAAAAAACGAGAAAUUCCCCAAAAAUCUUCCUGUGCCAGAUCCACUCUCGCCUCUUGCUUCGCCAGACAUCCUGGAACCUGGUCAAGUCAAAACUGUUCCAUUGAUUGGGCCUGAUAUCGUUCCGGGAAAUAUGAACCAGAGAAAGGAUGAUCAGGGUACAGUAGACUUUGUCAAGCGGACUGUUGAUACAGUCAAAUCACGAGGUCUGCCGAGGCCAUUGGUGACUGUGACUGACUCGCUACAAGUAGACAAUCGAAUAGCUAAUAAAACAAAUAUACCUAGUAGUGGUUCUAUGGAGGGCCUACUCAUAAGUCCUGAUGAAGCAGACGAUGCGGUAUUCGUGGAUGACUUAGAAAAUAAAAACACUGAUUCCCAAAACGCGGCAAAGAUUUCCAAGGGAUUUGACGAGGAUAGCCCGAGUGAUAUGGACACUGAUUCAAACGGGAGUGCUUCCCUCAUGGGUGCUAGUCAGCCUCUGGCGGAACUUGCUGAUGUGGAUGCAUCGGCUGCUUGUGAUAUUGACAUGGAGGCUGCCAAGGUCUCAGACGCACAGGAUAAUGAACGCAUGAUCGUCACAGUUUGUGAUAAUGACGAUGACGAUGAUCCUAUGGAUCCAGGACUUGACGAUGUAAGUGAUUCGGACAUGGAGAAAUCGCCGCUUGAUUUAGACGAGUUAGACGAGAAAGAUCCCGACUUCCACACGAACAUGACCAUAAAUGGCAUGACUAUGGAAUUAUCAAAAGUUCUUGAUAGUAUCGAUACGGCGUCAUCACAUAAGUCACCAUCGCCUGCUUCAGAUUUCGAUCCAGACGAUGACAGCGGCAGCACUCCGGAUGAGUUUGAGCGUGAACUUGACGAAAUGUUGGCCAAGGUUCAUGAGGAGGGCAUCUUGCUAACCACAGGGGCUGGCAAGAAAAAAGGAAAGAAAAAGCCAGAACAUGGUGAAGAGAAAAAGAGCUUAUUUGAGAUGCUCACUGGUUCACCGAGCCACAAUCUUGACAUCGAUUGUAGUGGUUACAGCGUUCCUUGUCCAUAUGGAGAUUGGUAGAGGGGUAGGUGCCUAUAAAAACGUCGAAGAGAUCCUCCAUGAAGCCAGUAGUGGUGAAGUCGUCGGAUAACCUAGAAACUUGUCGGAUAUUCCAGGAACUUUCGGAUACUUCAGGAACUUCUCGGUUAUUCCACUUUUAAUCAUCAUUCGCGGCAUCCUCUACUGAUCUCAAAAGACAUUUAAAAAACAAUGAUCACAUUGCCUCGGAGGAUUCAGGAAAACACUGUUUGUAACUCUGUACAUAGAGGAUGAACCAAGUAGGACAGUGUCGACACAGUAUAUUCAAAAUCGCUAGGCUACUGGUGUACGCCUGUGCUCCUAGUACUGGUCGGUGCAUUCAGUUGGCGGUACCUCGUAGACCUUGUGGCACGAAAUCUAUUGUAAAAUUGAUUCUGAAUUUUCCAAUAGAUUUCUUUCUCUGUUGGUCUGGCCUGGGAACUGUUAAGUGUCAUAUUUUGUCAAUUUUGCUGUACAUAGACGAUUGCUUAGUUUUCGUCAUGGGGAUUGUGGAUCCCUGAACGUUUUGCUGGUGUUUUAGUCAGUAACAGAGACAUGAAUACUACUUCACUGCAGACACUUUUUAGCAUGCAUAUUCCUCGCACCAAACAAUUGUCCCUAAUAAUCAGUGAGAUGAUUCCUUUGGUGAACAGAAGUAGUUAGUCAAUGUUCUUUCCUCGUAUUUUCCCUCUUGGAAAGUGGUAUUCUGAAUCAUGCGUUUAACAGACAUGGCGGUGAGAUGUGAUUGUUUUCUGCAAUUACCUGCUCUUGCAUUGUAAGUAGCCCAGGAUCCAAUGGGAAAACAUAUGGUUUUCAGAAACCUGAAGUAGCCCAGCCUUAAGUUUACGUCUCGUCUGAGGUCAAGUCUCAGAGUUUAGAUUUCUACGUGAUCUCACACCUUGUCAAUAACACAGUGAUAGAAUGAAAAUCAAUGCAGGUCUAUAAAAUUCAUUAUUUUAGUCAGAGUGUGCGUCUUUUAUGCUGUUAAAUCGGUUUUUGUUUUCAUAUUUGUUUAAUGCUUGUUUUGUUUUAAUAUUGAGUUUAAUUUCUCCCUGCACAUGAUCAAAUGUCAGAUGUAACUUAAGUAUCCUGUGACAAGGAGUUGUAGUACAUCAAAUUCUAUAGAAGCUUAAUAUCAGUUUUCAUCCGGAUUUUUUCAUUUUCACUUGGUCUUCUCAAGCAAUGAAUUUCAUCAUUAGUCUUAUGUCAUCUUCUGGUAUGUUUGUUGUGUUGCCGGGUCAUUUCAAAUGUAUCACAUCAUUUGUGAAAUGUAUCUGUGGAAUUCUCUCUCUACGAAGUUAUUUUCAAACUGAGAGAGAAAUGUAAUCAUUUGAUUUAAUAUCACAAAAACAAAAUUAUGUUAUCUAUCUAUAUAUAGCAUGUAUAUUGUAUAUACGUAUAUAUAUAUAUAUAUUGGGAGAAAUUGAAUGAAAUCAGGGGUACAGUACAAGCAUGUAUUUUAAUGGUCCAUCCAAUGGAGACAAAAUAAAAUGCAUCAG